AUGUCUUCUCUUACUGCGGCCAUGAACGACAAGAGCAAUACUUACGUACCGAUAGGACACGUCGACCAGCUUCCCCGAGGCGAGAAGGCCAGCGCAGAGGCUCCCCGGUCUUUGGCUUCCGUGGCCAGGCACGUCGGCGGGGCAUGCCUUCAUGUCCUGGCCAGCCCUGGCACCGGGACGCUCGUCUUCGCGUCCGUGUGCCUCGUGUUGGCUUACAAGCAUAAGAAGAGUAAACUGACGGCGUCGAGCACUGCGGCCGCCGCCACGAUUCCCAAGGCCCCGCAGCAGUUCCCGCCGACCCCUGUUACCCCUGUGUUGUACCGGUCGGUGUCGUUCGGGAUGCUGUACGGCGGCGAGAACGCGAUGCAAAGGAUCAUGCACGCUCACGAGGCGCGCCUCGACAGCACGAAGCUGAACAAAGCUGUGGACGACUUGAGCGCGGAACUCACCAACGAGCGAAAGGACUACAGUAAACUAAACGUGCUCGCAGCACGUCUUGAAAUGAGCGGAAAGGAGAAGGAAGCGAUCAAAAUGUUGGAGGCAGCUUUGGAGAAGAGCGCAAACAAGGAGGAGAUGCACGAGAUUGAGAUGUUGUUGGUGGAAAUGCUGAUAUACGAGGGCGACUAUGUAAAAGCUUUAGGUUACGCGACCCUCUGUGGCGAGGAUACUUCGGCUGCGGAUCCCCGAGUUCCUCUCUAUAAGGCGGCAAUCUUCGCCUUGAUGGGCAAAAAGUAUCGUGCUAAAGAAUGCUACGAGACGUUUAAAGAGAUCCAGAAGAACUACAACCGGCAAAAGUUCUACAAGGACGGAUCAACAGUUCAUUUUAUAGUGCCUGAGUUCGACCAGUUCAUGACGAUCGUAAACAACAUCAAGAUAGAGAUUAAGGAUGCUCAUCCAACAACAACAGUUGCCAGCAAGGGCAAUCAAGGGACUCAACAAGUUCAGCCAGGAGGAACAGCGGUCGACCAGGCCAAGGUGACACCACAAGCUCCGCAAGGAGGAACCGCUACCGAUCAGGGGACUCAGCAAACUCAAGGAGGAACUCCGCAAGUGGGGACUCGACAACCUAAGCAAGAAGGAACCGCUACCGAUCAGGGGACUCAGCAAACUCAAGGAGGAACUCCGCAAGUGGGGACUCGACAACCUAAGCAAGAAGGAACCGCUACCGAUCAGGGGACUCAGCAAACUCAAGGAGGAACUCCGCAAGUGGGGACUCGACAACCUAAGCAAGAAGGAACCGCUACCGAUCAGGGGACUCAGCAAACUCAAGGAGGAACUCCGCAAGUGGGGACUCGACAACCUAAGCAAGGAACCGCUACCGAUCAGGGGACUCAGCAAGCUCAACAAGAAGGAACUCAGCAAGUGGGGACUCAACAAACUAAGCAAGAAGGAACUGCUACCAACCAGGGGGCUCAGCAAUCUAAACAAGGAGGAACCGCCGCCAACUAGGGACUCGGCACGCUCAGCAAGGAGGUACAACUACCAACCAGAUGAUUCGCCAAACACCAGACUCACGAACGUCUCUGCCGCCCUAGAAUGAACACAUUCUGCCUCCUCUGCUGCCGCUUACUUAAUAGUAGUCUUGUGGUAUGAAGUUAUGCGAGUCGCCGGUGACAGCAAAUUGGAGCCUCUGAUGCCAAACUUCCUUUUCUUCUUCUUCUUCUUCUUCUUCUUCUUCUUAUCUCAAACUGUCGAAAUAAUCCAAUAAAUAAUAUUUGCUUCUUAAGAAUCGU